ACGGAACAAAAAUACCAUUGCGACUUUCGAAAGGUUCAUUUCGGAGACCCUCUUCUCUUAAAAGCAGAUGCCUUUCGAUACUUUCAUUUCCAACCCUCGUAGACAUAGAUACGAUGUCUCCAACAAAAAGUUCCAAGAUGAGGCCUUCAGAGUCCAAUAAGCCAAGAAGGAAAUUCUCGGAGCCAAGGAGAGUUCUCAAGCAAAGGAAAAUUCCUAAAUUGCUGAUUGAGUCUGGUAUGUUGCAUAAUGGAGUCAGGUUGGCCGAUUUUAAUAACAGCGACGCGACACAGACAGCGUAUACUUGCCCUUCACCCACGUCCGGAUCGAAUGUACCCUUGGCCUCGCAUGACUCAGCGUCGAAUUUUAUGCCCAUCCUGCCCUCAAACAAUAUUCUUCUUCACUCCCAAAUUCCGGUAUCGGUCCCUACUAUUUCUGGGUAUACUGACAACGCGACUCAAGAUACAUAUUAUGAGACUGGGCCUUCCUACCCUCCAACUACCAGUUUCCCCCGGCUCUAUCCCUUUUUCCGGAGGGAAUAUUUCAACUCUAGUCAGGGGGACUUGAAUAAUAUUUUCUUUACGGCAAACAAUCCGUACCUGUCGUACGGAUAUGCAACAAACAAUGACUUCCCCUGUGUCAACCCUUACCGACCCACAUUUUACGACCCGCACUCGAUCCCUCAGCUAUACGUCCAACACGCGCCAAUGACAAUUCCACCCACCGCAAAUAUCGAAAUGGACUAUUUCACCAUGAUGUCACUGCAUGACGGGACCUUUGCCAGUGGAUUCCCAAAUGACGACGUCACGGUCGCAUACAACCCUUAUCAGAAUCUUGGCUGAUAAUAGUCUCUCCUAGGAUAU